AUGAUGGAAAAAACUAUUUACAUGCUCAUCUAUGUUGAUGACAUAAUAGUUGCUAGCUCCUCGUCUCAAACCACUGAUCAGUUGCUUCAACAAAUUCAUAAAGAGUUUGCUAUCAAAGACCUUGGCAAUUUGCAUCACUUUCUUCAAAGAGCCAUAUUAACACAACGCAAGUACAUUGGUGACUUACUUCAAAGAGCCAAUAUGGAGAAUUGCAAAAACAUGUCCACUCCCAUGGCAGAUAUAGAUAGGUUAUCUAAAACAAAAGGUGCUAUUUUAACCAUUGAAGAAACUACACAAUACAAGAGUAUUAUCGGUGCUCUACAAUACUUGACUCUCACAAGGCCUGAUAAAUUAUAUUCAGUCAACAAGAAAUUCUCUUCUACUCUUAUCAGGGCUUUUUCGGAUGUAGAUUUGGUUGGGUGCUCAGAUGAUCACAGAUCAACUGGCGGUUUUGCUCUAUAUUUUGAUCAUAAUUUAAUCUCCUCGACCUCACGCAAGCAGGCUACCGUCUCAAGAUCAAGCAUUGAAUAA